GACCAACGUACCUCUUAGUCCUCGACGUAUGAAGCCUGAACAGUGUUACCGGUCACUGUACAGUGAUUUCUCUCAGCCCUCUCCAACAGUCACAUGAGAGGCUAUGCCGUCUCAAAAUGUUGCCCCAAACUGCGGCAUGCACUAUACUGCUGCGUGCCAACACACUUUGGAGGACCUUAAACCUUGCCAGGAUGUUGGCGAUGCGGAACCGGUCUCCAUACAGUAUUCCGAGCGCAUCAUCUCCAGCGACCGGGCUCUAUAGCACCCAGCAAGCUCACCAUGGCAGUAUAUGACGAGCGGCG